ACGUCUCUGUAUCUGGUCUCAAUCGAUUCGUUCGGCGGAAUAACAAAAUCCCUAAACCCAACCCCAAAAAAAAAAAAAAAACAUUCCUUUUUAGCUUUUCUGUUUUAUUUAUACAAAAUCAAAAGGCAAAAACUCAAUUCGGAUUUCAACCAGAAGAACCCUAAUUCCAGGGAAAGUAAAGGGUUUGAUCAGCUUUUGCUUUUGUGGGCAUUUCACUUGGCAGUUUGAGAAGAAACUCAGUGUUGUAGGAUGGAUCAAUUGAUUCCAGGAGAACAUGAUCUUGAACUAGACAUCGAAGCUGGUCUAGCUCAUGCUACGCAAGAAUCCACUUCAGAUACUGUUUCAGGGAACAAUGGGGUGAGCUUCGGUGUGUCUGAAAAGACUGAUGAUGAUCUGAAUUAUCCCCUAAUGGGAACAACAGAAAAAACAAGCAGCCAAAGUUUAGAUCUUUCUGGUGGAAAACGCAAUGAUAUUGUUAAAGUUAAGAAGUCGAGAAAGGCUUCGAAGCCACCGAGACCUCCUAAAGGCCCUUCUUUCACUGCAAAUGACCAUAAGGUGAUGAAGGAAAUAGCAGAGCUCGCUAUGCGAAAACGCGCAAGGAUCGAAAGGAUGAAAAUUUCCCUGAGAAGAAUUAAAGCAGCCAAGUCAUUAUCAUCAUCAUCAUCAUCAUCCCCGUAUUCAUGCAUUAGCAUCUUCUCAGUGGUAGUAACGGCUCUGUUCUUCGGCUUCUUAGUCUUUCAAGGAUUGUUUGCAGGCAAUAUGACUAUGAGUUCAGACAACUCGCCUGCGCCAACUGGUUCACCUAACACCCAACUGAUCUCAGUUCAGUUCUACAAUGAUUUUGCUCCCGUUGAGCAAACCGAUCCCAGUCCAGCCACCUCGUACAGAUACACGAGGAAGCGAGUUUCGGGUGCAGAAGAAGACUAGAGAGUUGGCAUAUGUCUGUGUUUGGUCUCGAUUAGUCUCCUUUGGUUCAAGUUUUGUUCCUGUCUUGUCCCCCCUUGUAUAUUUGUGUUGUAACUGUCCUAACUGUCUCUUUGUCGAGGUUAGAUCUUCUAAACGACUGCGUUCUAAAUAAUGUAAGUUGAACCAUCAAACUUAGCGUCUGCGUUCUAAAUAAUGAUGAUGAUGUAAGUUGACCCAUAAAA